AUUCAUCCUUGUAUUCCUUUGUCCUGAUCUCAUUACCCAUGAGCAGAACUGCAGUCUGCUCAUGGGUAAUGGGCCACUGAGUCACUCUGGCAUGCUCAUACCUAGGUCAGUCUGUAUUGGUCUUUUGUUCAAUACUAACUUGGUCAAUUUUUAAUGGGGUAUCUUUCAAUUUCUUUUAUGGGCACUGGGGGCUUUGAGGGUGGUAUAGUGUGCACGCCGGUGCACCUAAUCACUCUUCUUCAUGAAUAUUGGGCAUGGGCACUUGGGUAAUCUGGGGGCUUGGAGGGUGGUUUAGUGUGCACGCUGGUGCGCCUAUCCACCCUCCUUCAUCACUAUGAUGGCAUGGAGGUCUAGUGCCCACACCAGUGUGCCUAGUCUCCAUGCUGUCUACAUUCUGGGGGCUUGGAGGGUGGUUUAGUGUGCACGCCGGUGCGCCUAUCCACCCUCCUUUAUCAAUAUUGGGGCAGGGGAUUGAUAACAAGACUGUUCCUGCUUUAAUUUUUAUAUAUUUUCUAUUUCUUGUAGUAGUUUGCUGUACAAGACCAAGGUGGAGAGGGCCCCUCUGCCGCGGUCUUGUAUUAGCUAGUUUACUCUUUGAUAGCUUAGCAUUUUUGUUGUUUACUUUACUUUACAUUUAUUUAAUCAUGUACUACUCCUAACUUGAUAAAUGCUUCAGCCUCCAU